GGAUUUUAAUUUGUCAGAAAAUCGCGGGCGGGACGGUUCAAACAGCGCGCCUCUUCGUGUGCGAUUUCCAAGAGUUUCUUCAGACCAUCGAUCUGCUUUCCUGGCUGUCGGACGAGUUUUCGAAAAACUCGGGAAGGCUUUUGAUUUGAGUUUGUGCUGAAUGGUGUGGAAUCGCAACGAAUCGAAUCGGAAAAUAGUGUGUUUAAUGCUCUAGUAACCGCCCUAGAGAGCAAAAAUUAAGGUAUCAAACGACCCGGAAACCAAAUCGAAACGCAGUAAAGAAAGAAAUUUUCGUCUUCCUGAGGGCUUAGCAAACCAAAAUAUAAAAGGCGAAUGAAAAGUGCGCAAAACGAUAUGUAAUACGAUUGCCAGGAAGACACGGAAGCAUUAAAAAGUACGACCAAAACGCAAUCGUUACAUAUUAUAUAUUCGCUCGGUUGGAAAGUUCUUCUUUUGUGCAGAAAAUCGACCACACAUCAAAAUAAAUUACUAGGAAAAGGGGCAGAAAAAAAAAAAACAAAAACAACAACAACAAAAGCAUCCUCAAGAAUCUCGACGCUCUCCCACUCCCACUCGCUCUCUUUCUCGCUCUCCCUAUUUCUCUCUUGACAAAGGCGGAGAAAGAAGCAAAACGAAAUAAAAAAUAAUCUUUUUCACCGCCAAACAAUAAGGAAAUUAAGUAAUUUUCAGCCAGCGAGUUUCUGCAGCAUUUAUGCCAGUUUAUUGACUCACAAAAAUGGAUUACAAAUUCAUUGUUUUCAACGCAGCGAGGGACAAUAAUUUGGCGCAAUUGAAGGCCACCCUUUACAACAAAAGUUCCGGCGAAGUAGGCAGCCUGAUCUCGGCAAAAGUGAACGGAGCCACCCCGCUGGUCAUCUCCUGCCGCAACGGACACUACGACAUUGUAGAAUACCUAUUGACAAAGUGCCGGGCGAAUGUGGAGCAGGUGGGUUCGGUCAGUUUUGACGGGGAGCCCAUCGAGGACGCCCCACCGCUGUGGUGCGCAGCGGCCGCCGGUCACCUGGGCAUCGUCAAGAUGCUCGUCCGCCGGGGGGCGAACGUGAACAGCACCACCAGGACGAAUUCGACACCGCUGAGAGCGGCCUGCUUCGACGGACACUACGAGAUCGUCAAGUAUCUUGUGCAUCACGGAGCGGACUUUGAGGUGGCGAACCGACAUGGCCACACCUGCCUGAUGAUAGCCUGCUACAAGGGCCACUUCCGCAUCGCCCAGUAUCUGCUCUCCCUGAACGCGGACGUGAAUCGAUGCAGCGUGAAGGGCAACACGGCGCUGCACGACUGCGCCGAGUCGGGCUCCCUGCAGAUCCUCCAGCUGCUGCUCAAGCACGGCGCCACCAUGGACGUGGAUUAUUACGGAAUGACUCCGCUGCUGGCGGCCAGUGUCACCGGUCACAUGCCCAUCGUAGAGCACCUAAUCACAUUACCCUGCGUGAGCAGGGAGUCAAGGAUUCACGCCCUGGAGCUGCUGGGUGCCACCUAUGUGGACCGGAAGCGGGACAUGGCCGCGGCACUGACUCUGUGGCGACGGGCGCUCGAGGAACGGUCACUGGUGCCACCGCUGGAGAAGAAGGUCCAGGAACCAGUGCCGGCCUAUGAGAUGGUCAAAGAGGUGACCAGCGUGGAGGAACUGGAGGAGAUGGUGUUGGAUCCUGACGAGAUGCGAAUGCAGGCUCUGGUCAUUAGGCAGCGCAUUCUGGGACCCACGCAUCCAGACACCAGCUACUAUAUCCGAUUCAGGGGUGCCCACUAUGCGGACGCUGGACGCUUCGACCGCUGCAUUGAACUUUGGUCGUACGCCCUGACCAUGCAGCAGAAGAUCCUGCAGCCACUCAGCCCGAUGACGCAAUCCUCGCUACUGUCCUUCGCCGAGCUCUUCAGCUUCAUGCUGGUGGAGGCGGGUCGCCUUCUGCCCAGGGGUCGGGUGGUCCCACCCAUCGAGGCGGACGGCAUGCUGACGAUCUUUUACAAGGCGGUCAAGGAGGUGGAGCGGGGUCAGGCCUUCACGCUGGAGCAGCAGAAGGACCAGCAGCACCCUCAGAAGCAGCUGCCGGCAGCUGACAAAUCGCCAUCCUGUUCGGCUUCCUCUUCCACAUCAUCAUCCUCUUCCUCUUCCUCAUCCGCAUCAUCCUCCUCCUCAACGACACUACUGUCGGCGCAUCAGCACGAUUGUAACCACGAUCCCAAUGCCCUGAGUCGCACCAUGAUAAGUGCCAUUCACAUAGGCUGCCUGCUGAGCUCCCUGCUGGACACCGAUGCCCUCAAUCCGGAGAUGCGUCGCCAGGUGAUGGGAGCCCUUUACCGCCUGAACCGCUUGAAGGUGCGCGUUCGGUUCGACCGGACCGCCCUGCACUACGCCUGCUAUCGGGAAGGCACGCUGGCCGGCCGCUAUCCCUCCUGCCAGUUCCCCUCGGUGACGCUAGCGAAGGCACUGCUGGAGGUGGGUGCGGAUCCCAAUGCCGUCGACGAAUCCGGCAACACGCCGCUGCAUCUGGCCACCAUGCAGCCCUAUGUGGAGCCCCUGUCGCACAUCCUGCUCGAGGGAGGAGCUCAUUUGGACACCAAAAACGAUGCUGGCGAGACGUUUGAGAGUCUGCUGGCCCCCACGCCGAUGCAUAAGAUCAUCGAUCCAAUGAAGUACACAACGCUGGCGUGCUUGGCUGCGAGGACUAUCAAGAAGCAUGACAUCCACUACGAGGGAACCGUGCCAGCCACCCUGUACGAGUUUAUCGAGCUGCACUAGAGGCGAGGAUCGGGACGAGAACUGGACGAGAGUCAAGAACUCAAUUCAUUCAACCGCUCACUGGAUCACUCGCUGGAGCAAUCGAUCAAACGCCUGCCCGCCCGCCAUCCAUCAAAUAAUACCUACUACUAUGACUACCGUCUAUUUACUGUAUAUUUAGAGAUGGAGAGAGAGUUCGAAACUAUGAUGAAUGAAGAAACAAAUGAAAAAGGACGAGAUCGUUACUAACGACUGGAAACUGAUUUGUGAUGUUAGCAAGCAAAGUGCCUGAAUCGACGGAUCAGGACAUUAACGAUAACUAUAACUGACAACGACAACAAAACAGAAGCCAAUAAAAGAAAACCAGGCGGAUAACCGAAACAACGCAAUGAAAAGUUCUGCAAGAGAUGAAUUUGCUGUCUUUGAAUUUUUGCUUGUGUAAUCUGUUGAAACUUUCUUUAUUAAUUAUGUGUUCUUGCUAUUCUAUUUUGUAUGAAUUAUGAUUAAAUUAACAUUGUAUGUACUUGUACUAUAUGACCAAAAGCCUGGGCGUGAUUGAGCAGCUUAAUUUUAAUUACCUGGCGCAAAGCCAGCCACUCCUCAACGCUGCAGCAACCACGCUCAAGCCAUGGAACAUCCAAAAACCAGAAUACCUAAAAAAAAAAAAUAA